UUGACAAAUAUCUUUGACAUAGGGAACCAAUUAUUUAAGAAGUAUACUAAUAAUUAAAAUGAUUUAUUGCAUAAUUUGCCGCUCGGGCGUGGAUAAUGAGCUGCGUCUGGGCAAAUUUCACACACUAAACAAUGUGCAUGUGCACGAGAGAUGCCUGUAUUUGAGCUCGAAUCUAUCGCAGCGCUAUAAUAGUAAAUUUGCCAUUCUUCAUUUCGAUAUCGAUGAUAUUAAAGCCGAAGCCGAACGCGUCAAGAAAUUGUCAUGUUGCUAUUGUUCAAAGAAGAGCGCCAAUAUUGGCUGCUGUCAUUGGAGCUGCCGUCGCACAUUUCACACCGAUUGUGGCAAUUUGCAUGGUGCCCAGUAUCAAUUUAAGGGCAAAUUUGAAUCGUUUUGCAAAUUGCAUGUGCACCCACAAGAAGAUCGUCCCGAUCCGCAUCAAAAGUGUGCCAUAUGCUUUGAUAUGCUCAUCGACAAGAGGGGAAAAUUUAGCAGCACCAACCAUAUACAUGGCGAAUGUUGCAACAAUGGCUGGUACCACAAAACCUGCCUGCAGCAAUAUGCUAAUUCCUCCGGUUAUUUCUUCAAGUGCCCCUUGUGCAACGAUUCCAAGAAGUUUGGUUCCGUUGUCCUAUGGGGUAUCAGUGUGCCGCUAUGCGAUGCGUCUUGGGAGAAUACAAGUAUGUAUGAGGAUCAGACGAGGCGGGAGACUAAGUGCAGCGCCCGCAGAUGCGUUAAUCCCGAUGGACGCGAAGCAGAUAAUCUGCAAUUGCUCUACUGUUGCUUCUGUGGGUCCAUUCCGAUGCAUUCGAAUUGUAUGCCAUUAAAAUAUGAUAAAUAUUACUGCGAUACGUGCUCGGAGGUGGUGGGAAUGGCCAACGCCGAGGAUAGUACGGACGAUGAUCUCGAUCCUAUUGAAAAGCUUAUCGCAACGCAAACACCGAAACAGCGACGCGCACCAGAAACCUGUGGCAACACAGGCGUCACUAAAUCGGCAUCCUAUUCGAAUAAGAAUGGCAAUAUAUUAUGUUCUGGAUCGGAUUCGGAUAUAGAUUGGGAGGGAUUCAAGAUGCUGCGCAGAAGUGUAAGAAAUAAGGACAUCAAUGAACUGAAAACCGAUUCAGCUAAACAGGAAACGACAACAAUCACACCAUAUUCACUACGUAAUAAGAGGACAGACAAUAAUGAGGCGACACCAUCAAAUAGAGACAAGAAGGAGAAGCCACCCUCGGAAAUUGUGACAGAGAAGGAGAAGAAGCAGCCAGGCGUCUCUGUCCAAGCAGGUCGUAGACGAAUCUCACUUCGCAAUCAAAUCGCCAAUCAUUCCGUCAUUGCGAGUCGCACGCGCGGUCGUUCCACAAAAUAUACAAAAUAAAUUAAAAUGUUCAUUUUUUGUAUUUUUAAUUAGUCAUAGUCAUUAAGUUUUCAUAGCAGUAUUAAAGAUAACAUUCUGAAAUUUAUUAAAAAUGUAUGGAUUUGAAAAAUUGAA